CGACGAACGAGAAAGAGAAGCAGAAAUCGGAAGCGGAAGGGGCAAGGGGUCGUCCAUCAGCAGGAGGGCCCCACAGAUGCGGGGUCCGCAGGGGCCAGUCCGCGGCGGCGUGACGCGAUGCGGAUGUCCUCCUCCUCUUUGCCGAGGAAGAGGAAGAGGAAAGACCUCUCGCCUCCCGACACCGUCCUUCUCACCGACGACGACUGGCAAUCGUCAGUUAAACAUGUCCUUCAACAGCAGCGUCUUCCGCAGCUCGGUAUUAUCGUAUCGUAUCGAACGCGGCGCGAUAUUCUUCAUCGGAGACAGGAUGUUCGCUCGGCGCGUCACGGAGUUCCUGAGAAGCUGGGGAAUCGCCAAACAAGCGGAAUUUCCGGUGAACGGUGCUGUAAACGAAGUGAGCGGAAAGGAGGCGAAUGCGGCCAGGGACGCGACGGCGAAGAAAAUAAACGAGACGAGCGACGAGAAAGUGCGAAGGAUAUUGCGGGUAAAGUCCUUCUUCGGAGAGUCCCAUCCGAAGGCGGGAUCGCCAAAAGCGUCUUCCUGCUGGCGCUCCUCUGCGCCCAAUGCUGCCUGGCGGGUGCCGAAGCUCUGGCCGGUACUCAAAAGUAUUGCACCAGAACGAUCAAGACGCGAUACGGCACCCUGCGCGGCAUCGAGGCUAGAUCGUCGACUGCCGUCGAGACUUAUUACGGCGUGCCGUACGCGACGCCGCCGCUCGGCGCGUUGCGCUACAUGCCGCCGGUCACACCGACACCCUGGCGCGGCAUCAAGUUUGCCGAUACUAUACCGCCGGCCUGCCCGCAGCGGCCACCGGUACCGGACGAGGGCUUGCCGCGGCAGAGACAGGCCUACCUCAAGAGGCUGGUGCCAGUAUUGGCCAACCAGAGCGAAGACUGCUUGUAUCUGAACCUCUAUGUGCCCAAAGCUCCUCACGGUAGUAUCGCGGACUCGUUACCGGCUCUCCUCCUUAUUCAUGGCGAUUCAUAUUCGUGGGGCGCCGGAAAUUCAUUUGACGGAACCGCCCUGGCUGCUCACGGACGCCUUAUUGUCGUCUCUAUCAAUUUUCGUCUUGGUGUGCUUGGCUUCCUGAAGACCGGCUCGAAGGGAAGCGCGCAGGGCAAUUAUGGAUUGAUGGAUCUGGUGGCGGGGCUUCAUUGGCUGCGCGAAAAUCUCGGGGCUUUCGGUGGCGAUCCUGAGCGACUGGCGUUGCUGGGCCACGGCACCGGGGCGGCUCUCGCGAAUUUUUUAGCCGUCUCUCCUAUGGCGAAAGAGUUGAUCGGGAGGGUGAUUCUGCUCGGUGGUUCAGCCCUCUCGCCAUGGGCGGUGCAGCGGGAUCCGCUGGCGGUGAAGCGUCGCGUCGCCGAGAAGAUCAAAUGUCCCGGUGACGUCGAGGCUGACGAUAUCGCACCGUGCCUUCGUUUAAAGAGCGUGGAGGAGCUACUGGCGAAUUUCCAGCCUACUGCCUCUUCUUCCGGACUAAUGCCGAUCGUGCCCGGGCCUGGCGCUGAAUUCGCGGACUUCGGCAACCGUGAUUUACUUUUCGGUUUAACAUCCGAUGAAGCUUGGGUGAAUCUCACCGAGAGAGAUUUACAGAACGGCUUGAACGAGACGAGGAGGGACCGUAUACUGCGCACUUACGUCCGGAACACCUACCGGUACCAUUUGCAUGAAAUCUAUUCGACUCUACGGAACGAGUACACCGACUGGGAGCGAGGCGAGCAGAGUCCCGUAGCGAUUUGCGAGGGUCUCUUAUCUCUCCUCGGAGACGGCCAGGUCGCCGCGCCGCUCCUCAGGCUGGCCUUACUGCAUUCGGUUUCGGAGGGACGCGGCUACUUCCUGCACUUCCAGCCAGGUGAACUGCCGAGCCAGAGGGGUGAGGAGAUGCCGUAUCUCCUGGGUAUACCUCUUCUUCGCGGCGAAGUCACGUCCGCGGUGCCCGCCUUUGGCAACUACACCCCCGCCGACGAGAAUCUGUCGAAACUGCUUGUACACUAUCUGGCUAACUUCGUCAGGCGUGGGGAUCCGAAUGGCGCGAGUCCUCUGUCCUCAGGAUUGGAGAACGGCCUGACGACGAGCCCGCCGUUCUGGGAUUCGUACGAUUCCAUAAAUCAGCUAUACUUGGAGGCCGCUCACAGCCCAGAGAUGCGUUCGCACUACAGAGGCCACAAGAUGUCCCUCUGGCUGAAUCUGCUGCCGCAGCUGCACCGGCCGGGUUACGAGCUCAAUAUGCGGCACCAUCAUCUCGCGGAGAACCCCGGCCUCUACGAGGGCCCGGUGCGACCGCAGAGUACGGCCGUACCUCUGCCGGCACCUCCAUUACCGAUGCCAUCGCCCACGGAACCCUCUUCGAUAUUGACUGUGCUGUCGACUACAGAAUGCACCCCGAAUGCGACUGUCUCGACAACCAUCACGCCUACCACUUCGCGAACGUUGCACAUCUCGAAUCUAGGCCCGGGUCCCAACAAUCUCCUGCGCAAACUUGCGUCCAGUCAUUAUCAGAGUUACACCACGGCUCUAACGGUCACCAUCGCAGUGGGGGUGUUUUUGCUGCUGCUCAACAUCCUGAUUUUCGCGGGGAUAUAUCAUCAACGCGACCGGAACACAACCGGUGGCGGUCUGUCGAGCACUUUCAGCAACAAGAAGAAAGAGGAGUUCCUGGAGGCUGGUUGUUCCGGCAUGGACACAUCGGGCAAACAGCGACUACCGUCUUCCAUGAGUAUGAUAGACUCUGCAUCGUCGAUGUUGCCGCCGCACAAGGCAAAGCUCGUGCAGGAGCUCGAGUUACAGCUGCAGGAGUUUCAGUGCUCCCCGCCGCCCGGUGGCGGUAAACGGAUUCUGGAACCGCCGUCUUACAGCAAGAAUCCGUGUAUUCAGCGGACCCGCACCCCGUCGCCCUGUGUAGAUGCCACCAUCGCGCAGAUGGACGACGUCAACAACAUCAGCGGUCUCCACCACGACAGCGAGGACGAUAACGAGGAUAAUCUCCCGGAACCUCCGCCUCCACCCAAGGUCCCAAACGUCGGUCUCACGUGUCCCGGGAUUCUGCGGCAACCCGGGACACCUGGUAGCACGAAGAAGCGCGUGCAGAUUCAAGAGAUCUCCGUGUGACA